AUGAAGAUAGGCGUUACCCAAAUUAUCCUUGGUGGUAUGUCCCUGAACGAUACACUUGCUCUCUGUCAAGAUGCCGGUUACGAUGCCGUUGAACUCACUUUCGGUGAAGGACAAGACACCGACAUCAAUAUGAGCGAUACGGAGUUACACGGCAUUGCCGCUAAGUGUGAAGACGCAGGUAUUGAGAUCAGUAGUAUCACGGCAGGCUACGCCGAUCGCGGGAAUUUACUCAGCUUGGAUGCGACGCAACGCGAAAAAGGUGCAGUCUCUCUCGCUCGCGGUUUAGAAGUCGCUGGAGCACUCGGUGUUGGUGGGAUUUUACUGCAUCCCGGACAGCUCACUGUUGAGGGGACUUAUCAACAGGUCUGGGAUAACCUCGUUGGCGUGCUGAAGGAUCUCGCACCUUCCGCGGAGGCGCACCAAGUCGCAAUCGGACUUGAGAACGUCUGGAACAAAUUCCUACUCAGCCCAAAAGAGAUGCGUGAUAUUAUAGACGAAGUCGGCAGCGACUGGGUAGGCACUUAUCUUGAUACUGCGAAUAUGAUGGCUUAUGGUUACCCGGAGCAUUGGAUCCGUGAACUGGCACAUCGCAUCAAGCGAGUGCACUUCAAGGAUUUCUCCCGCAGUGCGCACCAGUUCGUUAACCUUUUAGAUGGCGAUACAGAUUGGCAAGCUGUUAUGGAGGCGUUCCGUGCUAUCGGUUACGAUGGCUAUGUUAUCCACGAAGUCGGCGGGGACAGAGAAGCACAAAUUGACCUCGCGAAGCGGAUGCGUGAAAUCGUUGCGAUGUAA